AUGUUUGCACGAAGAAAAUCUAAAGUAGAUUGGAAAUUAGUCGACGGUGCGUUUACUAAACAGAGACGAUUGCAUUUGGUCAAAGACAGAGAUGGGUUAGAUCAUUGUCCAGUAACGGGCUGCGAGCAUCCAGGAUUUCCAAGUCAAAGAGGUUGUCGUAAACAUGUAAAAAUAAAACAUGGUUGGUAUUACUAUUUCGACGAGAAGCCCAAUGUAUCGAUGGACCUUUUCGACACUUCGCCGUCUGCUGCGAAUGGAACUAACGAAAAAGCUUCCAGAACAGUUCCUGGCUGCUCUACAGAUAAUGAAUUCGCUCGUUCGUUUUCGCAGUGGCUUCAAAGCAGCUGUGGCGGGGGCAAGUCUCCUAAACAAUCGGACAUUUCAGUCACGAGAGCUUUAAAGUUCGUAAAGUUUUGCUGCGACGAGAGUGGCGACGCCGAGGAAGAUGUCCUAACUUCCCCUAAUUUAAUCGACUACGCCUUGGGAUCUCCAAAACUGUUGACAAAAUUCGUGGACAGUCUAAAAGAAAAGUGGGGUCUUGGACAAUCAGCACAAAUAUCCUAUGUCACAAGCAUUUCAGAUUUACUAGAUUUUCGCAAAUUUAACCGUCCCCCUGCAUCAGUGCUUCAAAAUUUUGCCGUUACUGAGGUUUAUGUGAAGAGAGCGCGAAAGUGCUUAGGGAAGAGCAUGAGAUCAAAUUGGACAACCGAAUUAGACAUAGAAACCCUCGAAUCGCGCAGAAGUUGGGCUACUCUUUCCGAAGUUCAAUCUGUAAUACCAUUUCACGUAGAACGUUAUGAAUCCGUGUUGGAAAAGUGUAUGGCAUGUUCUUCUUCAGUCAAAACUGGUGACGUCACGUUUGCCACCCGAUUCGUAGCCGCUUACAUGUUCCUGAAAGUAAAAGGCUGUCGUCCUAUGACAUACCAGCAUCUGACCUUGCGAAUGUUUGAAAGUGCAAAGAGAAACGAAGGAAUGGUUGAUCAGACAAUUUUCAAGACAGCUAAAAAAUACGGGUUUGAUAGUGUGUACUUUGACGAAUGCAGCAUGGAGAUAUUGGGAAAAUAUAUAACGUACAUCAGACCCCUUCUCACACCCACUUGCGAGUAUGUGUUGGUAAAUCGAAAUGGUAAAUAGUUUCAAAAACUUACAGAUCUUUUCAGCGUGCUGGUGUUCGAAGCCAUCGGAAAGUACAUUCAUCCGACUAGGUACAGACAAAUCAUCGAGACGGAAAGUUCCCAGGUUCUGCUACCAAACGAACAAAAAUGGAUAUCUGAAGACCAGAAGCACAGCUCUAACGUUGCCCGUGUACAUUACCAAAAGAAACGUUCUCGAGAAGUAGCAAUAAGAGGACGCUUGUGCAUGCAAAAAUUAGUUGACAAAAGUAAGAAUUUGGAGACUGAAUCCGAGUCGGUAGAGCAGUCAUCACCUGGACAAGAAGAUCUUUGCAAAGACACUCCAACCACUUCGAGUUAUGAAUUAACGAAACGGCGUUCAGGUAUUCGCUUUACACACGAGGAGGACAAUUACAUUAGAUUAGGCGUUGAACAAUUUGGUCUACGUUGGUCCAUGAUAUUGCGUCAUCCAGAAUUUAAUUUCAAUGGAUGUCGUGUUCCAAAUACUUUAAGAAAGAGGGCUGAAGUCUUAAAAUUAGUGUGA